AUAGCGCUUGAUUCAGCCUCGGAACCCCGAUUGGCUGGCCGCGCCAUUGUGACGUCACAGUCAGCCCACGUUCUGAUUGUAGAUAGAUACCCGGCGCCUUCCUCUUCCCAUCGGCUUCGUUCCUGGCCCCUGGUGCCUCCCUCUCACAUCCUCCUCGGUUCGGGCUGGCCACAGGCGCUCUUGUCGCCGCCUCGCCGCCACUCAACGCUGCUGCUAAGAGAUCAGAGUCACCCAUUACUGCCUGCUGCAGUGAGCAGAUGGACAGACCAAGUUUCCAAAGAGGUUUUAAAAUGGAAAAUUUUGAUGCAUCACUUAGUACCUAUUUCAAGGCACUGCUAGGCCCCCGAGACACCAGAGUAAAAGGAUGGUUCCUUCUGGACAAUUAUAUACCUACUUUUAUCUGUUCCAUCAUAUAUUUACUAAUUGUGUGGCUGGGACCAAAAUACAUGAAGAACAGGCAGCCGUUCUCUUGCCGGGGGAUUUUAGUGGUGUAUAACCUUGGACUCACAUUGCUGUCACUUUAUAUGUUCUAUGAGUUAGUGACAGGAGUAUGGGAAGGCGAAUACAACUUCUUCUGUCAGGGCACACGCAGCGCAGGAGAAGCAGACAUGAAGAUUAUCCGUGUCCUUUGGUGGUACUACUUCUCCAAACUCAUAGAAUUCAUGGACACCUUCUUCUUCAUCCUGCGUAAGAACUACCACCAGAUCACAGUGCUCCACGUCUACCACCAUGCCUCCAUGCUGAACAUCUGGUGGUUUGUGAUGAACUGGGUCCCCUGCGGCCAUUCUUAUUUUGGUGCCACACUUAACAGCUUCAUCCAUGUCCUCAUGUACUCGUACUAUGGUCUGUCUUCAGUCCCUUCCAUGCGUCCGUACCUCUGGUGGAAGAAAUACAUCACGCAGGGGCAGCUGCUUCAGUUUGUGCUGACAAUCAUCCAGACCACCUGUGGGGUCAUCUGGCCGUGUGCAUUCCCUCUUGGUUGGUUAUAUUUCCAGAUUGGAUACAUGAUUUCUCUGAUCAUUCUUUUCACAAAUUUCUACGUUCAGACUUACAACAAGAAGGGGGCCUCCCAGAGGAAAGAGCACUUGAGGGACCACCAGAACGGGUCCGUGGCUGCUGUGAACGGACACACCAACAGCUUUGCUUCCCUGGAAAACAAUGUGAAGCCGAGGAAGCAACGGAAGGAUUGAGGUCGGAGAGUUGCAAACCUCCAAACCACGUCGUCUGAUUGUAAGCACAGUAUGAGUUGUGCCCGAUGCUCGUUAACAGCUGCUGUAACUAGUGCGGCCUACAAUAGUGUGAUUCGUGUAGGACCUCUUUCAUCAGUUCAGAACCCCUAGAAAAUGUAUACAGAUUAGACAAGUAGGCGUAAGAUUUUUAACAUUUCUGGGCUCUCACCGACCCCCGCGCUCAGAUUGCGUAGGGGACGUUAUUAUAGUAUACGACACUGCUGUUGCCUUAUUAGUUAUAACAUGAUAGGUGCUGAAUUGUGAUUCACAAUUUAAAAACACUGUUAUCCAAACUUUUUUUUUUACUGUAGAUCAUGCAUGUGAUUGUAAAUUUGUAUAAUGUUGUUACAGUAGAGAAACACACAUGCCUUAAGAUUUAAAAAGCAGGGCCCAAAGCUUAUUAGUUUAAAUUAGGGUAUGUUUCAAGUUUUUAUUCAUUUUUAAUAGCUCUGUUUAGAAGAAUCAAAGACCGUGAUUUAUGAAACUAGUGUGUGACACAAUUUCAAGUGACUUGUACAUGUGAAAUCAGAAACGGCACCUUCAGUUUUAUAAUAUUGGCUUUAAAUCAGGCAGGCUCAAACCUAGUGGAACAAACAGGCAGUUUAACUUUUUAACAGAUCUUAUUUUUUUAUUUUGAGUGCCACUAUUAAUAAUGUAAAAAGCGGGGGGUGGGAGGCGGCUCUAAAGCAGUCUUGGUGAAACUUAAAUAUAUAUUCUUUAUCUUCAAGAUUUUAGGAAGUGUGUAGGAUGAGUAGGCCGUUUUUAAUUUCUGAAGUGCUAAAUGUUUUUAUACAGGAAACAAAGCUCAUGUUUCUUUCCACUCUUGAGAAAGAGGAGAUAUACUUUUCAAGAGAAAUGAUUGAUUAUUUACCAUUUGAUAGAGUCCUAUAGAUGAGCAAUAGGGAACUGGUUGCCAGGGUCCAAAUAUGGAUUGAUUUCUGUACUGCUAUCUGUUUUGACACAAACUUCCUUUUAAAAUGUGCCUAGUUUACCAAAAUUAAUAAAGGGGGAAAAGAGGACCUUCCUUUAAAAAAUUUAAGGUAAAAUUAAACAGAUAGCUACAGCAUAAGAGAACUGGGAAAUUGGAUUGUUUUGUUUUUUUUUUAAAUGUAAAUGUAAUAGCAUCUGCAAUUUUUUCUGCUUAGAAUCUAAAGAUUUGUUUAGAACCGCUUGUUUAAAAAUAAUAGACUACUCAUCAUAAAAUCAUGUCUCACAUCCUUGAGGCAGUGGUCAAACAGAUCAAGAGACUAUAUUGUGUGUGUCAUUUUAAAGUGUCGGAAUUUAGUCUCUGAAUACCUUCUCCACUGGGGAAAAAAUUAUUCAUUGAACCACUCAUGACACAUCUUAGAAGGUCAUUGACAAUGUAUAGACUAAUUGUUGGUUUGAUAUUUAUGUAAAUAUCAGUUUAUCAUGCUUUAAUUUUGCACAUUCAUAUUAUAGGGAGCCAGUUGGUUCUCUUACUAGCCUCAUGGGUUUUCUGUUUAGAAGGAGUCACAGCAUCUGUUUACAUUUACCUUAUCAAAUCUAGAAUGUGUAUAUUUGUAAAUGUAUGUCUUCCUAGGUACUAGAUUGUGAAAGUCUUUACAUAUUUCAAAACAAACUAUAACAUUCAAUAGUGUGCUGUCAAAAUGUGCUUUAGCUCAUCUGGAUAUACCCAUACUGUUAAAUAAUGUCCAAACGUUAAUCAUUAAAACAUUUUUGAUUACCUGUC